GAGGUUAACUGGUUAACCAAUAAGCAACAUCAGUGCCAUAUGGGCCAACUGCCACAACAUCCUGCAACAGCAACAGAUGGAUACAAAACACUAACUAGACACAACUUAAUGAUAACCUAAUAACAAUGUUUGGAGAGUGCAAUGGGGAGUGUUUUGAGAGGACUGACUGAACUUCUAUCUGAGCAGUCAUUGUGUAUUGCUGGGACAGAGGCCAGAGUGGCACAGGAACCAAUCAAAAAGGGUCUUGUGUGGAAGAGGAAGUGCUACUGGCAAGACAGAUAAACACGAAUUACCGCUUGAGCAGUCACUGAUGACUCUUUGGCCUGGUUUACUUUAUUAACAUGUAAUAACCCUGUUUUGUUGCAUAAGACUAGAUGGGUCAUCAUUGAGAGUUGUACCUGGAAUAGAAUAGAGGCCCGCCAUUAGGAUUAAAAUCACCCACCUGAACUGCUUCUGGAUCUGCAGGGUCCACUACUACAGCCACACUGGAUUCAGUAUCUAUUAUAAGGUGUCCAUCUCCCAUAUAAAAAUGGCAAAAGCUAAUUUGCCCCCAACUUAUGAAGAUUCCCUACGAGGCCCCAGGUACGAUAACUACCCACAGCAGUCUGGAUAUGGACUCCCAGGGUAUGGUGGUCCGCUACCCCAACCCCCUGCCUACAUCUCCGCCCCUGGCUUGUCCACCCCCCAGUACCCAGGGCAUGCUGGCUUAUACCCUGGCACGAGGAUGACCCCGUGCUACACUGCCUCGGGCCUCCCCAGUAUUAUACCAACAGCACCACUGGGGAUGCCAACCAGCACAGGAGACAUGGAUGAAUUUGCAUAUGAUAGAACAUGGGAGAGCACAGCGAUUCGACAUGGAUUCAUCCGAAAAGUAUACAUGCUUUUGGCUGCCCAGCUUGCAGUCACUGUCUCAAUUGUUGCUGUGUUUACAUUUGUUGAACCAGUGCGCAUGUUUGUCAUCAGAAACCCAUCAAUUUACUGGGCAUCACUAGGUGUUUAUUUUGUUACCUACUUAAUUCUUGUCUGCUGCAAAGGCCCAAGGAGACGCUUUCCAUGGAAUCUACUACUUCUGUUUGUUUUUACUCUGGCCAUGUCAUACAUGACUGGAUCAAUAGCCAGUUACUAUGAGACCAAAGCAGUGUUUCUGGCCCUUGGAAUUACUGCAAUAGUGUGCUUUGCUGUCACCACCUUCUGCUUCCAAACGAAGGUGGAUUUCACAUCCUGCGGUGGGCUCUUCUGCAUUCUCGCAAUUGUUGUCAUGGUUACGGGGAUCAUCACAGCCAUCAUGCUCUCCUUCCAAUAUGUACCGUGGCUCCAUAUGCUCUACGCUGCCAUUGGUGCUAUAGUUUACACACUGUUUUUAGCCUACAACACCCAGCUUCUGAUCGGAAAUCGUGAGCUGGCCCUGAGUCCAGAGGAGUACGUGUUCGGGGCACUCUCUCUCUACGUGGACAUCGUCCAGAUCUUCCUUUUCCUGCUGCAGAUCGGCGGUGCUGCCACUGACUGAGCUCACGUCAGGAUGGAAGACCCCUUACGACGUGCACUUACUACCUAUAACAUGUCACAGGUGUAUUUAAAUUAGCACUUGUGUAUUAUUUCUGUAUUUAACAAAUUAAACAUUUAGUAGGCUUCAGUGUCCUAAUAAAUUCAAGUGUGCACUUUAUUUUAUAUCUCAAGCACUUUCGUUCUUCAACAUGAUCAAACCCACUGAUUACUAUUUAAGGUAUGGUGACAAAGAUGUGGCAACCUGAUGAACGCUUAGCUAAGCAGUGUGUGUUUGUUUAUCUAAUGUCACUCUUUAUAAAUACAUUGAAAUACGAAUAUCCUGAUCCAGAUAAUGUCUCACGGCUUGGCACAAUGACACAGCAAGCCAUAUACAAUAGCUUGAGUAAAAACAAUGAAAAAACUGCUGUUAGGAAGUGCCUUUUAUUCACUUGAAUCCACAUUUUUUUUUUGGAAGCAACUGAGAAACAUUUCUUGAGACCACCAUCAUUGCUGUAGUGUAACCUGUAUUGAAGUUGUUUAUCCGAGU